CAGCUCGGACCGCCUCCUCCUCGGCUCAGCACUCAGACGAGGCCGCCCCGCGCCCCGCACUCACACCCAAGGCGCGCUGCUUCGCUGCUCGCACCGCCACGCUCGCCGCUUCGCGUUGCCCUCUACCUCCCCCGACUCGCGUCGCGUCGUCUCGAUACCGGAGCGGCGACCUCUGCCUCCUCCUCGCUGCCUGCUCCUCGCGACACCGCACCGCCACGUCGCGGCCCUUCUUGCACCCGGCGGCUCGAGCACCGCCUCGCUCGCACAGUGCGCCCAGCAGCCGCUCGCGGCAGCCGCGGCCCAGCGUGUGCCGCGCAUCGCAUCCCGCUCCCAGCGCACCGCCCUGCGCCGGGCUGGUGAGCGCUGAAGCAUGAGCUCGCGCCGGCAGCGCGAGUGGCCGGCCGGCGGCAGUGCGUCGGCGGCAUCGGCCAGCGGCGCCAGUACCGUCGGUGGCGGCGGCUCGAGCAUCAUCAACCGCACGGCCGCGCUGGCGUCGGCGUACCAGGAGCUCGGCAAGGAGCUCUCGUCGGGCAAGCUCAAGUGCGUCGGCAGCUACACGCUCGGCCGGCCCAUCGGCGAGGGCACGUAUGGCAAGGUGCGCAUGGGCGUGCACCGCGCCACGGGCACGCGUGUGGCCAUCAAGCAGGUGCCCAAGGCGCACAGCGCCAGCCUGACGCGCGAGAUCCACCACCACCGGCGCCUGCACCACCCAAACGUGAUGCAGCUGUACGAGGUCGUGGCGACGGAGAGCCACAUCUGGAUGGCCAGCGAGCUCUGCACCGGCGGCGAGCUGUACGACUACCUCGUCGAGCGCGGCACGCUGCCCGAGCCCGAGGCACGCCGCAUCUUCGGCCAGCUCUGCCUCGCCCUCGCCUACAUCCACGGCAAGGGCAUCGUGCACCGCGACCUGAAGCUCGAGAACGUGCUGCUCGACGAGCGCUGCAACGUGAAGCUCGGCGACUUUGGCUUCACGCGCGAGUUCGAGGGCAAGCGCCUGAUGGACACGUUCUGCGGCACGACGGGCUAUGCGGCGCCGGAGAUGCUGGCGGGCAAGAAGUACACUGGCGAGGAGGUGGACCUCUGGUCGCUGGGCGUCAUCCUCUACGCGCUGCUCUGCGGCGCGCUGCCGUUCGAUGACGAUGAUGACGACGUGAUGAAGAGCAAGAUCCUGGCGGGAGACUACGAGGUGCCCGAGGUGAUCUCUGAGGAGGCGAAAGACCUUCUGAGGGGCAUCCUGCAGCAGGAGCCCACUGCGCGCCUGUCGAUCAGGUCGAUGCUCAGUCAUCCCUGGUUCGCCAAGGUCAUGCUCGGCAGCCCAAUGUCGGCAGUGGAGGAAGACGAGAGCGGCGACGCGUACUUUGCGCCAGAAGCAGCGGGCAUCGCCGAGCCAGGAGAGCAGCCGAGCGAUGCGGCGCUCGAGGCAGCGCCGGUGGUGCCGGUCCUCGCAGCGACGCCGCCGAAGCUGCCUCCAAUCGAGUCGGCUUCGCUUACAGUCGACGAGGUCAUCUCGUCUGCAUCGCUGGCCCCUCCUUCGCUCGGCCUUCAUGUGCAGGAAGCGUCUGGCGCAUCCGAGGCCAGCUACCACUCAGCUGUCAGCGACAGCGAGUCGAGCGACCGCCGCUCGAGCCGCACGGGCGGCACGAGCCCCACGACAGACCCGACGACCGACAACGACGACAAGUCCAGCCUCGAAGGCGUGUCUGCCUCGGAGGAGUCGCCAGUCGAGGCGCCGCCACUGGCGAUCCACCGCAACGAGUCGCAGACGACUAUCCGCCGAGAAGGCUCAGCGGGCAGCGACGUGUCGCGGAAAGGCCCGUCUGCUGGCGGCAAGGCAACAGCUUCGUCCCUGCCGACUCAUCACGAGUCGCCCGGCUCGACGGAGAGCUCGCCGCAGCAGAACGGCGCCGCUCCUCUGAAGCAAGUGCCGAGCGCAGAGAUGAGCGAGGUCAUGAAGCGCGUCAGCUCCGGCUCGUCACGCGGCCACGUGCGCACACCUUCGCGCACGAAGCGCCGCUCGCUCUCCUCGAGCGGCCUCUCAGACCACCACCCGCCGCACCUGCAGCCGCGCCCGAUUGACUACGUCUCGCUCAUCGAGGAGUCCUCGCCCGCGCUCUUCACUAGCGUCGCAGAGCAGAACUUGCUCCACCAGCUGAGCAAUCUCGGCUUCGAUGUCGGGCAGAUCGUGCACAGCGUCAUCACCGACGCGUGCGACGCCAGCGGCGCCAUCUGGUGGCUGCUGAAGCUCAAGGCUGACGAGCGGGCUGCGAACCCUGUUCCCAUGAGCGCUGUGCUCCCAACACCGGUGCCGUCUGUCGCGCCCGCCACCCCGACGCCACAUGCGCCAGCCGGCCCGCCGCCGCUGCCGCCGAAGGAUCCUGCCCGCCAGGCAAACAGCCCUGCCUCUAGUCCUGCGCGAAAGGACGCUCGUGCAGAUGUUAAGGCGCGCGACAGGUCGCAGAGCGUCGCAUCGCCUCUGCGGCACGACAAGAUCCGAGUUGGCCACGCACGAGGCUCGACCAGCGUCACAGAUCUGAACGCUCAAGACGCAGUGCCGCAGCCCGACGCUGCUGCUGCCAGCGUCUCACGGCCUCGUCAGGCCGACCGAGCGCGCACGAAUUCGUUCAGCGUCAAGCUGUCCAGUGUGCUUGCGGGCGGUGCACGACGCGACAGUCCAGAAGUGGACGACUCGCAGCCGCCUGAGCGCUCAAAGAGUCCAGUCGGCGCGCUCUUCAGCAAGAAAGGCACGUCGACCAUCAAGGAUCGCUCGCGGCAGCCCGCUUCGCCUGCGAAGGAGCGCGUCUCGGGCACACGAGACUUCGGCUCGCCCGAGGGCUCGCAAACGCCUGUGCGGAAGGACCCUGAGCGUGAUCGGGAGCGCAUUAGAGCCUUGAUACAGGCCGACGUCGUCGACAAGUCGCCAUCUCGCUCGACAUCCGGCAAGCAGAGAGCGCUGCCGAAGACGAACGGCGACGACGGCGCUGUAGGCGACGGCAGUGUCCAUGGCACGCUGUCGUCUUCCAAGUCAGUCGACACCUUCACCACGCUCUCGAGCGUCAAUGACGGCGAUGCAUCUGCCUCGGGCAAGACUCGGCAGCGCUCGUCGUUCCUCUCGACGGUGCGCACGUGGCUCGGCUCCGAAGACAAGCAGGCCCGGCGGCGUCGCAAGGCGCAGAAGAACAUGGUCGGCAGUCCGCCGUCGCACCACGGCCAUGAGGGCAGCGGCUACUCGAGCCAGUCUGUAGCGCGCAAGGGCAGCGUGAGCCGCCGCGGUGGUGGUGCAUACGCGCCCACGUCAAUGGCCGGCUCGCGGCGGUCGCCUCGCAGCCCGCAGCGCGGCUCGCUCAGCCGGCGCAGCUCGUCUGGCAGCGCACAGCACCUGGAUGGGCACGGCCUGACGAUCAGCACCUCGCGGCCGCCGAACUUCAGACGGCAGAGUGCCGGCAGCAUCACGCCGACCGCCACUGUCUGGGGCGAGGCAGAUCACCCGCAUCUCGCUGCGUCGCAGCGCUCGAGCCGACCGUCCAGCUCCGCCUCGCUGCACCGGCCGCCGCCGUCCGGACUGCACGUCAAGUCCGGCUCGGCGAGCAGUGCGAACUCCAUUCUGCGCAAGCAGCAGGCUGUGGCGAUGAACAGCACGAUGCGCACGCUGCACGGCCGGCGGCCGAGCACAGAAGGCGGCUCGACUGUGCGGCGGCAUCGGCACUAUCCCGGCGUGCCGCGUUCGGAGGGCAGCACGUCGCGCCCAGCGUCCUUGUACGCACCCGGCGAUGACGGACCAGACAGCGCAGAGGCCGGCCAAGUCGGCACGCCGCGCCGAGGCUCGCUCGAAAGCCGACGUUCCGCUGCAGAGGGCAGCCAGGGACGUGCCUCACCAGCGCACGGGCACGGCUCGAGCCGCGGCAGCGUCUUCACGGUGCACAAGUCUCGCUCGCCGUACAAGCCGCCGUCGGCCAACCCCUCGCUUCACUCGAUGACGAGCAAAGCUCAGCCGCCGCCAGACGGCAUCAAGACGCAAUUCGGCGAGGCGCCUGCCGCGGGCACCGGCACCUGGCGUCGCAGCUGGGGCCGGCCGCCGCCGAGCUGGGCUGGACCUGUCGAUCAGGGGCCGACGCGCAGCGAGCUCGCCGCCACAGCGGCUGCAGCCAAGCCGAAGCUGCGCGAUGUCUUUGCUGGGCGCCAGGACGACGACUGGGAAGACGAAGAUGAUGCGCCGACCUAUGCAGGUGGCCUUGGCCAGCUCGACACCUACAGCGGCUCCUCGUGGGCCGGCACGUCGAGCUCCAACGUGCCCGACUCGCCUUUCGCCGGCAGCAAGCGCGCACCUGGCGCCUCGCAGCAGGUAGAAGGCGGCCUGCUCGGCUCCGGCCGCUACGCUGGCAUCCGCUCCAUCUUCCAGCCGCCGUCGCUCGGCCGCGACACGAUGCCUCGCGUGCUGUCGAUGCAGCUCGAUCCGCCCGACAGCUCGACAUCCGAGACGCCUCCGUCGAGCACACCCGGCUCUGCACCGGCCGCAAAAGACGCGUCAAGCGCCAGCACGAACUCGGUGCCGUCACCCUCGAUGGGCACCGCCCGUCUGCGUGCGCCGGCUCCAGCCUUCCGCACGCAAGUCAUUGAGGAAGAGGAGGAGGACGAGUAGACGACUCAUCGCGCCAGCAGUCUCGGCUCGCCAUCUCACGCUCUAAAGCUCCGCUCUUUCCCUUCCAUCUCACACUGCUUCUCCCGGCAUCCCACCUGCUUCCAUACCCGCCCUAGUGCUCCUGCCCGCCGUUCUGCUGUGCGCGGCACAUACCCAUGCGUGAAUGCUAUACACCUGCUCUCCUC